UGCCACUUAUGUAGUGUGACAUUUUGUGUCCCUCAAACCUAUUCUUUGAAUUCAGCCACUUCUUUUGAAUUUGAUUUGAUUCAAAGUAAGAGGAAGCCCUUUAAGCAGCAACAAUAAAAGCAUAAGUAGCAAGAAAAAUACUAUACUAGGUGGUAGGGUGCAAAUGUUUACUACUACUACUAUUAUUAUUAUUAUUAUUGCAUCAAAUAUUUGUUACACAUGAACCUCCACUCAAUUAUAUAUAACUGAUGUACUUCACUUUGAUCCCAACAUCCUAGGACCUUCUCUUUCUCCUAUUUUCUUUGUGACUGAGUUAAAAUGGUCUCUAGUCCUUCUUUACAUUCUAAGGAAAUUCAAUCAAAUGAAAAAUUUGUGGAUAAUGGCUCCGCUCGCCGAGCGAAAUGGUGGUACUCAACAUUCCACACGGUGACAGCCAUGAUUGGCGCAGGUGUUCUCAGCCUUCCAUAUGCCAUGGUGUAUCUAGGAUGGGGUCCAGGGAUUUUGAUGUUGUUACUAUCAUGGUGUUUGACAUUAAACACAAUGUGGCAAAUGAUUCAGCUACACGAAUGUGUUCCUGGAACUCGUUUCGAUCGGUAUAUUGAUCUUGGUAGACAUGCUUUUGGACCAAAACUUGGACCAUGGAUUGUUCUCCCUCAGCAACUGAUUGUUCAAGUUGGGUGUGAUAUUGUGUAUAUGGUUGUUGGUGGGAAGUGUCUAAAGCAGUUUGUGGAGAUAGCAUGCACCAACUGUACACAAAUCAAGCAGUCUUAUUGGAUUAUGAUUUUUGGUGGAAUACAUUUUUUUCUGUCUCAGCUUCCCAAUAUCAAUUCUGUUGCUGGUGUUUCUUUAGCAGCAGCUGUUAUGUCAUUAAGCUAUUCAACAAUAGCUUGGGUGGCUUGCUUAUCUAGAGGAAGGAUUGACAAUGUUAGCUAUGCAUACAAAGAAAUCAGCAAAACUGAUUUAUUGUUCAGAAUCUUCAAUGCACUUGGUCAAAUUUCAUUUGCAUUUGCUGGGCAUGCAGUGACACUUGAAAUUCAGGCUACAAUUCCAUCAACACCUGAUAAACCUUCAAAGAUACCAAUGUGGAAUGGUGCUAUUUGUGCUUAUUUCAUCAAUGCAAUAUGCUAUUUCCCAGUUGCACUUAUAGGAUAUUGGGCUUUUGGACAAGCUGUUGAUGAUAAUGUACUUAUGUCACUUGAAAGACCUUCAUGGCUUAUUGCCUCUGCUAACUUGAUGGUAUUCAUUCAUGUUGUUGGCAGCUAUCAGGUUUAUGCGAUGCCUGUUUUUGACUUGAUUGAGAAGAUGAUGAUGAGAAGAUUGAACUUCCCUCCCGGUGUAGCGCUUAGACUUGUAGCUCGAUCCGCUUAUGUAGCUUUAACAUUAUUCUUUGGUGUCACUUUUCCUUUCUUUGGUGAUCUUCUUGGAUUCUUUGGUGGAUUUGGUUUUGCACCUACUUCAUAUUUUCUACCUAGCAUAAUGUGGUUGAUAAUCAAGAAGCCAAGAAAAUUCAGCUCCAACUGGUUCAUCAACUGGGCUGCAAUUUACUUAGGAGUGUGUAUUAUGCUGGCAUCCACAAUUGGUGGCUUAAGGAACAUUAUCACUGAUGCAUCCACUUUUAGUUUCUAUACAUAAACUACAUGAUGUUGGAAUUAUCCUCAACUGUUACCAAUGUUUUACUUUUAGUAUUAACAAUGGUUAUUGUAUUGUUAUGGUUAGUUUUAAACAACAAUAUCCCACAUAAUGCAGCAUAUGUUGAAUGGCAUGGUGUAGGAGUGAUAUCUUCAUGGGCGAAGCUGCACAUAGUUAUGGGUAGCUUUGGUUACCCAAAAGAUAUAUUGUUUUUAAAGAAUUAAGUAUAGUUUUUUAUUUAGCUAACUCAACGAUAUAAA